AGUCACGCCGGGAGCCAGUCUGAUGAUUCUGUGCAAGAUCCGGACAAGAAAGACGAGGCAACAUCUUUUGACAAGAUACCACCUGACAGUGGUCACAGCCGCAUCUUUGAAGUGACUAUUGGCCUCCAAAAGCCUGCACGUGGAUUUGCAGAAGACAGUGCUGCCUGGGCUGAGGGUGCGUCAGACCUCCAGGAGGUGGUGUCUUUGAAGGAGCGGAUGGCGAGGUACCAAGCGGCUGUUUCCAAGGGUGACCACCACAGCUUCUCUGCCAAUAUGAUGGAGGAAGCAGACAUGUGCACAGUGCCUGGUGGUUUGGCCAGAGUGAAGAGACGAUUUGAAAAGGACAAAAUUGCUUCUUCCUGUAACACCUUUUCUCAGUACCAGUACCAGCAUCGGAACAGAUCUGAGCAGGAGGUAAUUCGCAGCGGACAGCUUGAUAUUUUAAGGAGACAGGAAAUGGAAAGAAAUGAACAGGAAGCUUCCAAAGCACACAAAAUGGAUGUUCUUGGAACAGAAAUGGCCUCUCAUCUUGAAAAGCACACCAAGGAAAUAAACCGAGCUUCUCAGUUACAUCAAUAUGUUCAAGAAACAGUCAUAGAUACACCUGAGGAUGAAGAAACUCCGAAACUUUCAACUAAGUUUCUAAAAGAGCAAUUUGAAAAGUCUGCCCAGGAAAAAGUCCUUUGUUCUGACAAAGAAGUAACCCCAGCCAAGCAGAUAAAGAUUGAAAGUGAAUAUGAAGAGAUUUUAAAGCCACCCUCAAUUAUGGGUACCUCUUCCACUUCUUGCUCUUCAACCAGCCAGAGGAAAAAAACAUCAACCACAAGAUAUAGUGACCACAGUGCCACUUCCUCAUCUCUGGCACAAGUUCAUGCUAGUCCUUUGGGAAAGACAGAAGAAUUUCCUCCUCCCCCACCUGAUAUACUUCAAACUCCAUUAGAUGUGACAGCACUUUCCCAGUCCCCUGAAUUGCCCAGCCCUCCUAGAAUACCACCAGUCCCCAAAGAACUAUAUUCCAAGCAAAGAAAUUUGUAUGAAUUAAACCGUUUAUAUAAACACAUCCAUCCUGAAUUAAGAAAAAACUUAGAAAAAGAUUAUAUCAGUGAGGUUUCUGAGAUUGUCUCUAGCCAAGUGAACACAGGGAGUUCAGUUUCAGCAGAUGUGCAACAAGCCCGGUACGUUUUUGAAAAUACGAAUGACAGUUCCCAAAAAGCUCUUAGUUCAGAAAGAGAAUACGUGGAGUGGGAUGAGAUUCUGAAGGGAGAGGUGCAGUCUAUAAGAUGGAUCUUUGAGAAUCAGCCUUUAGACUCCAUCAACAAUGGUUCUCCAGAUGAAGAUAACAUCUCUAAGGGCAUUGCUGAUCAAGAAAUCAUUGCUGGUGGUGAUGUAAAAUAUACCACGUGGAUGUUUGAAACCCAACCCAUAGAUACACUGGGGGAUCAUUCUUCUAAAAUUGAAGAAAAUGCUGAAAAAAUUCCUGAGCUAGCCAGAGGAGAUGUCUGCACAGCUCGGUGGAUGUUUGAAACACAGCCAUUAGACUCAAUGAAUAAAAUGCAUCAAAGUCAAGAAGAAUCAGUGGUAACUGCCAUAACAGACAUAACUGGAGGAGAUGUCAAGACUGUGAGAUACAUGUUUGAAACUCAACAUCUGGAUCAACUUGGGCAGCUUCAUUCAGUGGAUGAGAUUCACCUACUACAACUCAGGUCUGAGCUCAAAGAAAUUAAGGGAAAUGUUAAGAGAAGUAUAAAAUGUUUUGAAACUCAACCAUUAUAUGUUAUUAGAGAUGGUUUAGGUCAAAUGCUGGAAAUUAAAACUGUUCACAGAGAAGAUAUUGAAAAGGGCGAUGUGAGGACAGCACGUUGGUUGUUUGAAACACAGCUCUUGGAUACAAUUCACAAGGAUAUCACAGAAAUUAAAGUUGUCAGAGGAAUAUCCAUGGAAGAACAUGUCAAAGGUGGAGUAAGUAAGGCAAAGUGGUUAUUUGAAACUCAACCUUUGGAGAAAAUCAAAGAAGAUUCAGAAGAGGUCAUCAUUGAAAAGGAAACAAUAAUAGGUACAGAUGUCUCCAGAAAGUGCUGGAUGUUUGAAACACAGCCAUUAGACAUUUUAAAUGAAGUUUCUGAUGCAAAUUCUCAAAGAUCUGAAGAGAAAAUAGGGGGUGAUGUACAAACAACUAAGCAUCUAUUUGAAACACUUCCAAUAGAGGCUUUAAAAGAUAGUCCUGAUGUAGGAAAACUUAAAAAAAUCACUGCCUCUGAAGAAGAAAAGGGGGAUGUUAGGCGCCAAAAAUGGAUUUUUGAAACCCAACCUCUGGAAGAGAUUAGAGAAGACAAAAAAGAAUACAUACGAACAGUGAAACUCGAAGAAGUUGACAGAGGAGAUGUAAGGAAUUACACACAUAUCUUUGAAUCAAACAAUUUACUUAAAUUUGAUGCAUCACAUAAAAUAGAGGUGGAAGGAGUCACAAGAGGUGCUGUUGAGUUAAAUAAAUCACUCUUUGAAACAACACCACUAUAUGCCAUUCAGGAUCACCUUGGAAAAUAUCAUCAGGUAAAAACAGUCCAGCAAGAAGAAAUCCUAAGAGGUGAUGUAAGAAGCUGUAGGUGGCUUUUUGAAACAAGGCCAAUUGACCAGUUUGAUGAAAGCAUUCAUAAAUAUCAGAUAAUUAGAGGAAUAUCUGCUCAAGAAAUACAAACUGGAAAUGUGAAAUCUGCCAAAUGGCUGUUUGAAACCCAACCUCUUGAUUCAAUUAAAUAUUUUAGUAAUAUGGAAGAGUUAGAAAGUAAAAACGAGCAAACUACAGAUAUUGUUAAAGGGGAUGUCAAAACCUGUAAAUGGCUUUUUGAAACCCAGCCAAUGGAAUCUCUUUAUGAAAAAGUUUCAUUAAUGACUGGCAGUGAAGAAAUUCUUAAGGGAGAUGUCAAAGCCUGUACUUGGCUCUUUGAGACGCAGCCACUUGAUACCAUAAAAGAUGACUCUGAAACAACAGUCAAGUUGCAAACUGUGAAACAGGAGGAGAUCCAAGGUGGAGAUGUUCAUACAGCAUGUUUUCUCUUUGAGACAGAAAAUUUGGACAGCAUACAAGGAGAAGAAGGAAGGGAAAUUACGGCCGUGCACAUGGAUAUUCAAGCCGGGGAUGUCUCCAGCAUGCGGCAUAAAUUUGAAAAUCAGCCCUUAGAUUCUAUAAAUUCCAAUUCAGAGGAAGUUUUGGAAAAGAUCAAAAGCCUAAAGACUGAAGAUAUUCAGAAAGGAAAUGUUUUAAAUUGUAGGUGGCUUUUCGAAAACCAACCCAUUGACAGGAUAAACGAAGGCCAAGGAAAUGAUGAAUUAGUUAAGACAGUGACAGACAUACAAGGUGGGGAUGUAAGAAAAGGGUGCUUUAUCUUUGAGACUUUUUCUUUAGAUGAGAUUAAAGAAGAAUCUGACUAUAUCAGCACCAAAGAAUCGGUUACUGAAGAAGUAGUAAAGGGUGAUGUAAAAAGCUACAGAAUGCUCUUUGAAACCCAGCCACUCUAUGCAAUUCGAGACCAAGAAGGGUGUUAUCAUGAAGUGACAACAGUUAAAAAGGAAGAGGUAAUCCACGGAGAUGUACGAGGUACCCGGUGGCUUUUUGAAACAAAACCGUUAGACUCAAUUAAUGAAUCAGAAACUGUGUAUGUUAUUAAAUCUGUCACACAAGAAGAUAUUCAGAAGGGAGAGGUCAGCUCGGUCAGAUACAGAUUUGAAACGCAGCCACUGGAUCAGAUUUCCGAAGAAUCACAUGAUAUUGUGCCCACUGUAGACCAUAUUCAAGGUGGGGAUGUAAAGACAAGUAAACAAUUUUUUGAGUCUGAAAAUGUUAAUAAGAAUGCUUAUAUAAGAACAGUCAGUGUCAAUGAAAUACAAAAGGGCAAUGUUAAAACAUCUACUUGGCUAUUUGAAACCCACACCAUAGAUGAGCUAAGAGGAGAAGGGUCAGACUAUGAAAAUAUCAAAACAGUAACCCAGCAAGAUGUGCAGAAAGGUGAUGUUAAGCAGGCAGUGUGGCUUUUUGAAAAUCAAACAUUGGAUUCUAUUAAAGAAACAGAUGAGAGCAUCACAAAAAUCUCCAAGGAAGAAAUCCCUCCUUCUGAUGUCAAGACAACUACAUGGUUGUUUGAAACUACACCCCUUCAUGAAUUUAAUCAAAAUGGAGUAGAAAAGGUGGAAAUUAUUGGCAAGAGUAUUAAAGAAACCUUAGAAGAACUCUACUCUCAUAAAGUUAUAGAGGCUCCUGGAAUCAUCAUUGAAGCUGACGAGGUUGGGGAUGUUCGAAUGGCAAAAUAUAAGCUAAUGAAUCAAACAUCUCCUGAAAUACAGAAAGAAGAAAUUAUUAGAGUUGAUCUCAGAAAUAUAAUAGUGAACCUACUUUCCAAAAGAGACUGUACAAAAAGAGAGAUUAUGGUUAGUGAAGAAGAGAAGGGAAAUGUUAAUUUGACCAAAACUCAAUUAUUAAACAGAUCAACAGAAUGUAAUGCUGGAAAAGAAGAGAUAGUGAGUGGCGAUGUAAAACAAGCAAUAAAAAACCUGUUCUCCGAGGAAAGAUCUGUAAAGAAAGGCAUUUUAAUUCAGGAGGAUGAAAGAGGAGAUAUUAACAUGACCAUCUAUUGCCUUCUUCAUGAAAACGCUGGUGAUACAAUUGAGCGUGAAGAAGUAAUCGGGGGUGAUGUAAAACGUACCAUUCAUAAUUUGCUGUCUUCCAUAUCAACCAAUCAAAUAUCUGAAAGGGCUAAAAUCGAUGCCUCUGAGAGGGGAAACGUUCAAUUUUUCACAACAUGCAUAGAAACCGGAGCUUUGGAUUAUCUCAAACAACUCCAGAUGGAGUCAGAUGAAACACUAACAGCUAGGACACAAGAAACAGAGGAAGAAAUUAUUGGUGGUGAUGUCGCGGGCACAAAACUGUUGCUGAAUCAAAGACAGUCUCAGGUUGAACGUACUGUCAGUGAAACCGAUAUCAUUCCAGGAGACGUGCAUAAUACCGUCAAGGUUUUCAUGACAGAGCCUCAGAACGCAUCUUGUAAGACAUCCAAAGAAGAAAUUAUAAAAGGUGAUUUGAAAUCAACCCUAAAUUCCCUCAGCCAGGCCAUCAAUCAGAAAACAGUGGCUAAAACAGAAGAAAUUAUAAAAGGUGACAUGCUGGCCACACUCCAGUCCCUGCAGGAAUCGAGCCACUCUUGGAAAGAAUCUAAACAGCCCAAUGCCACCCCUAGUGAUUUUGAGAAAGCUAUUGAAUGCCUUGAAAAGAAUGCAAAAACGAGGACGGAAAUCUUGAAAAAGGAGCUUCUCCUAGAUGACCUUGAAGCUUCAUUAAGGAAUCUGAAAGAAGCACAAGGAGCUUUCAAAGAGGUAGAAAAAAAAGGUAUAAUCAAAGAAGAUGUGCACGCUGCGAUGGUAGGAUCCUCGCAAGAGCAGAAAACAGAGACUCAUCAGAUGGCUGUCCAGACAGACAGAAAACAUGUUCUUCAUCCAAGACCAGGGCCAUUUGAGCCAGUAGCCAGGUGGCAAGGGGGAACUCCAGACACUGUCAACCAAAUUACAGGCAGAUCUUGUCAGGGGAAUUUAAUAGAAGAAAGAACUGAGAUUAAUCUUCCAAAAGCCCCUAAGGGCACUGUAAAGAUUGUCGUAGAUCGUGAACAAAACAAUGAUGCUCUUGAGAAAAGCCUUAGAAGACUUUCUAAUUCAGACCACAAAGCUAUUAAAAAUGUAUUGGAAUCAGGGGAUACAACAGGUGUCUGGAUGGACACAACAGAGCAGCAUCUUAGAGAUGAACAUAUGAGCAGACAAUUGACUUCAACUGUGUUAGUUAAGGAAAAUCUAAAAACGAAGGAAUCAGAGGCAGUGAGAGAACAGAGGAAGGAUGCUGUCUUGAACUCCACCCGAUCUAUUGAUAAAGCAGUUGGAAAGCAACAGACUCAAACUUGCAAACUGAGGAAUGACCACCAGAAGAUCGAGUCUUUCCCUGUUACAAGCUUUAAAAAUACUAAAAGCACUAAAAUGUCAAUAGAUACACGAAGCUCUAACCCCAGUCCAACCCAGGGUCCAGUCAGCAAGACAGUUGGAGAAACUUGUGAAGUUUCAGGAGACUUUCAGAAGCAAGUUUUAUUAAAGCAAGAUAUGCAAUAUUGUAAUAAAGAUAUAAAGAAAAAGAAUGUGAACCCUCAACCAAUGUGGCAGACUUUGCCUGUAGAUCAAGACAUAUCAAAUGUAACAGAAGUAAAAGUCUCUCCAAAAAGCUGCAAUAAAUUUAAGGCAAGUGACAAAAAGCAGAAGACUGAUGUUUAUCUGAACAGCCAGGACUUUCUAAUGAAGACAAAUACUUCCACAGACUUAAAAAAGGCAAUGGAAAUGUCCUUUAAUACGAUCAACUUGAACCCUGAAAAUAAUGUAAAAGAAAGUGAGUGCCCUCUUCCACCUCCAUCUCCACCUCCUCCUCCGCCUUCCAAUGCGUCAUCUGAAAUAGAAUUUCCUCUUCCUCCUCCACCUCCUUUAAUGAUGUUACCUGAAAAAAAUGGUUUUUCUCCCUCACUGUCCACAGAGAAGAUAAAGGCUGACUUUGAAAAUUUCCCAGGCCUCCCUCUUCCUCCACCACCAGAAGACGAGAGACCUGAAAGAGAAGGUCUGCCGAUGUUUGUACCACCUUCCUCGCCUCCAGCUUCAUCUCUAAACCCAGCACAUCUCCUCUCCUCCUCUAGUCAAGAAAAGCACAAUGAAACCUUCGUACAAUAUUCCCAGGAAGAAGCCUCAAGCUCUCAGCAAACUCAUUCUCAGGCUAAAAUCGUAACAGGAAAAUCAGGGGCACGUCGGCCACCUCCCACAUUACCAAAACCCAAACUUCCCAAGCACUUAGAAGACAAACUGUUUCACGGUUCCACAAGAGUUGAACUGAAAAAUUCCCUGACAGAUAUGGAAAGUAAAAUCACUCUCUCAAAUGAUCAGAAACGAGCAAUAACAUUGACCAGCAGUGAACACACAGAGACAAAGCAGGACAUAUCUAGCAAAAGUCUUCCUGAAAGAAAACAGUUGUCUAUGACCUCUACAAGGUCUCUCUCACAGACAGUUCCAGAAACUUUACCAUCCAAGGAAAAACAAGGAAAAACACCUCUCAUAAAAUCUCAUUCAUUUCCUGCGGGAUCAGGACAACAGAAUCCAAAACCUUAUAUGAGAAAAUUUAAGACACCUUUAAUGAUCGCUGAAGAAAAAUACAGAAAACAAAGAGAAGAGCUUGAAAAACAGAAACAUGAGAGUUUUUGCUACAACAUAGUCAAAACAGAACGCCCAAGUCAGAACCCAUCAGAGUUGGAAAAGCAAGUGGGGUUACAAAAAACAAAUGAGGAAGUUCUCCUACCUGGAAUGGACUCAGGGGUCACUGUGACCCAACCCAGCCCAGACUCACAGAGUCAUUCCCAAGCACGAGAAGUGUGUACUGAUACACUUUCCACAACACCAGCAGCAACAGUUGCCACCAAGAAGCUCCAACAUGUUCUUGAAGCCUCAGAAGACAAAGAUAUCAUGAAAAAGGAGAUUUUACAGAGGUCAAGGGACAUGAUACAAUCUAAAACAGCUUGUGACAUUACACAGAGUUACCAAAACUAUAGCACACAGCAAACACAACAGAAGUAUCUGGAGCAGUUGCACUUGCCCCAAAGCAAACCAGCCUCCCCAAGUUUCAAAGUUCAAACCAUCAAGCUUCCAGCUCUAGAUCAUAAAUCCAAUGGGGCAGACCACAGCCAUGACAGCCAUAAAAAGCAAUCUGAACUUGAGGUUCAAACCAUUACCAAACAACAGCACCAGGAAACCAAGAAAACUGAAGCAAGCACUGAAUAUAGUGAUAAGCAAUCUGUGGCUGAAAAACAUCAUCAGUUACCUAAGAAGGAGAAAAGAGUAACCAUAAAAUUGCCUACGGAGCUCUCAGGGAAAAGCCAUGAGAGUAAGCUCACUGUAGUUCAUGAGAAGCAAAGAGAAUUUAGAGAGUCUGAGAGUGGAAAACUUAUAGAAAGUGAAGGAAUAAUUCAGGGCCCACCGACAAUUAGUCCAAAAGAAGAGAGACUAAUGCUUGAAAGAAAACAAGACCAUUUGAAUAAAUCAGCACAGAAAGUAGUCAAGCAAAAGGUUACUGGUGCACAUUUUGAGUCACAGACUGAGAAUUUUCAGCAAACACAAAUACAGACUCCUGAAAGUCAAGUUGAACAUAAAAAAUUGCCCCAGCCAUACAGUAAUCUUCAGGAAGAAAAAUGGCUCGGAGUCAAGGGCAUACAACAGAAACAAGUCUUUUCUAAUACUCAAGAUGCAAAGCAAGAGAUUACACAAAACCAAUCUUUAUUUUCCUCUGUGAAAGAAUCCCAGAAGGACAAUGGAAAAUGUGCUGUAAAUAUAUUGGAAUUCUUGAGAAAACGUGAAGAACUACAACAGAUUUUGUCUAGGGUAAAACAGUUUGAAGCAGAGGCAGAUACAAAUGGCCUUAAAACAUUUCAGACACUCUUAAAUAUUAUUCCAGUAUGGCUACUAAGUGAAGAAAAAAGAAAGUAUGGAGUUUCCAUUGCUGUGGAGAAUAACAUAGAAAAAAUAAAAGAAGAAAUAACGUAUAUUAAAACUCAAGCAGAGGCUAUGCUUGCGUCUUGUGAAAAUAUAAUUCAAACAGCCAUGAUAUCCUCUAAUGCAGGAAAGCAGAGAAAUAAACCUACUAGUCUUAAUGAAACAUCAUCUAAAGUGUCUAAUGUUAAUGUCAGCUAUAGUCAAAACACUGAACAGGAAGAAAAGACCGUUACAGAAAAAACACAGCACCACCAGGUAGAAACCCAUCAUGCAGCAGCUACUCAUAAUCAUGUGAAAACCCACCAGGAAAUUAAAUUGGAGGAUAGCAAGAUUUCUCCCCCCUCUUUAAAAACACGCGCACCGUCACCAACUUUUAUAACCAUCGAGUCUACUGCCCGGCGAACAGAAACCUCUACUAAGGAUGAACGUUCUCAGUCCCCUAAAACGGACAAUUUUGCUGAACUAUCGCCAAGAACGCCUGUGUCACAAACAUCUAGAAUUCGCAGAGCAAACACGUCCCCUUCUCCACCCAGGAGUCGCUCUGAACAACUUGUCAAACUCAAAGACACCACUGCAAAGUUAUCCAGAGGGGCCGUCCUGUGCCCGGCAGCAACCCCGGCUCCAGUGGCAGAGAAGCGGUCUGAGAUCAUCACUUCUCCUGCGAGCCUUCGGCGUCAAAUUAAGAUAGAAACUCGUGGUAGGGACUCUCCUACAAUAACCAUACCUAUAAGUGUAAAUCAUGUGGAUAGUGGUUCCUUCAGAGAAUCCAUGGAAGCUCAAGAGGAAGUCAGGAAAGUAGAGAAAAGGGCAACUUACGUUCACAAAGAUGGGCUAAAUUCCACCAAGAGCAUCGUGCCGAAUACUGAGAGUUUUGACUCAGUUGAAAUCAUCCGCAGAGUGGAAGGGCCUGGCCUGUCGGAGCACACGCAGAGAUACGAAGCAGCCAACCGGGCUGUUCAAAUGGCUGAAAAUUUUGUGAAUGACCGUGAAAAUGAAAUAAACAGAUGGUUCAAGGAAUUUGAGGAUGGCCCAGUUUUUGAAGCAAAGUCAGAUACAAGAGUUUAUGUCAAUGGAGAAGCAAACCGUAAUAUCACACAAGAAAGCCAUGCCUUUUGUAAGGAGGAAUUCGGAUUAACAUCUUUAGAAAACACUAGUUUUACAGGCUUUUCUUGCAAUCGGCCUGGAGAGCGGCAAGAGGACGUUCCUGCGCAGCAGCCCACGGUGCUCUCUGAAACAAGGUCCCCACGUGAACACUUCUCAAGGGUGGAUACAUUUGAGAGUCAAGUUGUCGGGUCGAAGACGACAGUGUCUCCAUCGCCUAACUCAGAAGUUGGCAAAUCUGGCUUUGACUUCAAGCAUGCCCCACCGACCUAUGAAGAUGUCAUCGCUGGCCAUAUUUUAGAUAUUUCUGAUUCACCUGCAGAGCUCAGGAGGAAUUUUCAAAAGACAUGGCAGGAGAGUGAAAGAGUUUUUAAACGUGUGGGAUGUGCCACCUCAGAUGCUGCUGCAGCUGAGAUGAGAAGAACCUUCCAAGAGGAAUCUGCCUUCAUAAGUGAAACUGCUACUCCAAGACAAGGAAAUAUGUAUACAUUGUCAAAAGAUAGUUUAUCCAAUGGAGUGCCUAACAGCAGACAAGCAGAAUUUUCAUAAGUCCUGCUUCCGAUGUCACCACUGCAACAGUAAACUGAGUUUGGGAAAUUAUGCAUCGCUUCAUGGACAAAUAUAUUGUAAACCUCACUUU